AUGCCACCCCGCAUCCCCUCCCCCUCAGACUUUUCCCAAUUCCCCCUCAUCCAGCUCCACCCCCCCUCACCCCCAGAGUCAACAACCACUUUUCUCAUCGUCCUCCACGGUCUAGGCGACAACCCAGUGUCUUUUUGUAAUUUCCCCAAGUCGUUGAAUCUUCCGGGAACGUACGCGGUUACGGUUAGAGGUGUGAACCCCCUCCCGCAGGGUCUGGUACCGGAACCGGUGCCGGAAAAUGGCUGUUGGCACUGGGGUGAUGAUCUCCUUUUAGAUCAGAGAACAGGGGAACUGGAUCAGGAUCCUGGAUUCCAAAAGGCGAGGGAGGCGUUAUGGGAACUGAUAGGGGGGGUGAUUGUGGGGAGACUGGGGUGGGGGUGGGGGGAUGUGAUUCUUUUUGGGUAUGGUCAGGGGGGUUCGGUGGCGUUGGGGCUGGGGAGCGAGCUGCGGAGGGGGCAGGAAAAGAGGGUGGUGGAUGUGAGUGAGGGGGAUGGGGAGGGGGAAAAGAGGGAAUUAAAGGGGAUUGUGAGUGUGGGAGGGGCGCUGCCCGUGAGCAUGAUACCUACUGUUGGUGGAAGGGGGAAGGUAACCACCCCGACGUUGGUGCUCUGUGGGGAGGGGGGGGAGGUUAUUGAUGAUGAUGCCGAGGAAAAGCUGAAGGAAGAGUUUGAGGAUCUGAGGGUUGUGAGGUGGAAGGGCAGGAGGGAUGAUGGGAUGCCGAGGAGUCGGGAGGAGGUUUUGCCGCUGAUGGAGUUUUUUGCGGAGAGGUUGAAGCAUUUUUAG